AUGGCAAAAUGCGAUCUCGUUGCAGCUCGCGAAGAUGACAAUAUUGCAUGGGUUUACUGCCCAUCAUUCGGCGCAGCUGUCCUGUUUGCCGUGCUCUUCGCCUUGUCCACGGUCGCCCAUAUCGUUCAAGCCUUUCGAUUUCACAAGAAAUUCUGCUGGACGAUCAUCAUGGCGGGCCUAUGGGAGACCGCUGGCUUCGCCGUCCGUUCCUACUCAGCAAGGGAAUUCCGUGGCCUGGGUCACUUCAUCCCUCAGCAGCUUUUGAUCAUUCUGGCCCCGCUCUGGACCAACGCCUUCGUCUACAUGGUCGCUGGACGCAUGAUACACUUUCUCAUCCCCGAAAAAAAGGUCGUCGGCAUUAGUGCCCGACGGCUUACGCUAACCUUCGUCAUGUGCGACAUCCUGUCGUUCCUCAUCCAAGGCUCCUCGUCUAGCUUGAUGUCCUCGAACAAUCACUCCACUGUCAAAAUCGGGAUCAGAAUUUACAUGGCGGGAGUCGGUCUCCAGGAAUUCUUCAUUGUCCUGUUCACAAUCCUUGCCGGUCGUUUCCAGUACCUGAUGAAUCGAAUCGACCUCGCCAACCCCUGCCCCUAUCCAUGGCGGCGUCUGCUGUACACAUUGUACGCCGUGCUGGGUCUCAUCACGGUUCGCAUCAUCUUCCGACUCGCCGAGUACACCGAUGGCGAAUACAGCCAUGUUGCCAGUUAUGAAGCAUACUUCUACUGUCUCGAGGCUCUUCCCAUGAUUGUGUCGCUUUUCCUAUUCAAUAUCGUUCAUCCCGGCAUUGUCCUUGUCGGUCCGGACAGCGAAUUUCCAAAAAAGGCGAAGAAGACCAAGAAAGGGAAAGCACGUGAAAAAAUGCUGGAGGAAGAUCCAAAUGGUACGACAGUCUCGAUGGACGCACUCUGA